AUGUCGCUCUUCACCAAGAAGGACCUGGGGCUUCUGCUACCGGACGAUACUCCAGGCGACCCGCAAUCGCUGCGUCACACGAACACAAAAGAGGAAACCGAGGAGUUCAAGCCACUGAAGCCAAAGGUGGAUCCAUCCAAAAAGGUGACACGGUAUCGAGCAGGACAGGUACCCAACUUUGCACACGGCUAUGAGGAAGACCGCGGUUUUGUGACGGCCAACAGCAAGGUGCGUGCGUUCUCAAAGACCAAAGCACAGCAAAAGGCUGUUCCAGUGAUCAGCACUGGACGAAAACGCGUGGAGGCGCAGGUCCUGAGUGCCACUAAACCUGCAGCAAACGACAGCCGGAGAGAGAGAGCGCCAUCAUCUUCUGAAGACGAAAUAGGUUCGAGUGACGAUGCUGUCGCCAAGGCGUUGCAAGAUUCUAGCUCGGAAGAGGAAGAUGACUCAGACAUUGACCGUCGUCGUCUCAUGUUACGCAAUAAGGCGAAGGCCCGUGAAGCACAGAAAGAAGAGGAGACUCAGCCUAUUUUAUCUGAUAAGAAGGGAAUGCGGCAGCCUGUGGAGCCACAGAUCGUGAAGCGUAGCACAGUGGCCGCCCCAGUGGCUAAGGCCAAAAACAGUGAUUCUGAGUCUGGCAGCAGCGGCAGUAGCAGCUCGGAGUAUGAGACCGACACAGAUGAUUCAGAGCCUGGUGAAGAGCUAAUGAAGCCUGUGUUCGUACCUAAAAAGGCCCGUGGGACGGUGAAACGUCAAGAAGAACUGGCAGCAGAAGAGGAACGCCGCCUGAAGCAGGAGCAGGAGAAGACGGAGGCGCGAAAAAUGGAGUCUCGUCGUUUGGUUGCAGAGGAAAUUCGGCGCGGGCAGGACGGGGCCGAUAAGGAUGACUCGACUGACGUGGAGAUGCCUGAUGAUACGGAUGGCCUCGACCCAGCUCAAGAAUAUCGCGACUGGGAACUCCGCGAAAUGCGUCGGAUCAAACGUAAAUUGAAAAAGAACGAGCCCAAAGAGAAGAAAAAACUCAAGUUCAUGCAGAAAUACUACCACAAGGGUGCUUUUUACGUGGACGACGAUAGCAUCCGCUCAAAGAACGAUGUGCGCAAACGGGAUGCCACAGAAGCCACGCUCGAAGACAAGUUCAACAAGGAGAUGCUCCCGACGGUGAUGCAGGUCAAGAACUUCGGACGCGCUGGCCGACCAAGAUACGUCCAGUCGUGA